AUGUUACAAGUGGCUCGUAGGCGACCACUUACGCUAAGUGUGGCCGCGGGCAACAGAACAAGGCGUCAGGCAGGAUCGCAAUGCAAUGGCUGUUGUAAGCCUGGCCAUCCAGGUAGACCAGGACUUCCUGGCGCUAACGGCAAACCAGGAAUACCAGGAGCUCCAGGACGACCAGGUGUUCCUGGUAGGCCACCAGUUGUGUGUGAAGAACAGGAUAUUCCUCCAUGUAACCCGUGCCCGCCUGGAGCUCCAGGACCUGUUGGUCCUCCCGGUAACUCUGGCAAUCCAGGAAGGCCAGGACCUCCUGGAAGACCAGGAAAUCUUGGCGCCCCAGGCUUACCUGGUCCAGCUGGACCCCCAGGACCACCAGGAUCGGAUGGAAAUGAUGGUGAACGUGGAGAACCUGGCAGGCCUGCACAAAGUAUACCCUCAAUACCAGGAGAAGUAGGGAAGCCUGGAGAACCUGGACCACCAGGUCCUCCUGGUCCUGCUGGGCAUCCUGGCCGUGACGGACAACCAGGCAACCCUGGCCCAAUUGGCCCACCGGGUCCAGUUGGUCAACAAGGUGCACCUGGAGAACAAGGUGAAGCUGGAACUCCCGGCCAACCUGGUCCUCAAGGCGAGCGUGGAAUUUGUCCAAAAUACUGUGCUUUGGAUGGUGGUGUAUUCUUUGAAGAUGGUACACGGCGUUAA